AUGGAAGUUUCCCGAGCUAAGACAGGUGGUGCGGAUGGGGGAGGGGGGUGUAGUACGGUGGAGGUGCCUGUGAACUACGGUAAGGUGCCUGGUGCUUCUGAUGCUGAUGUGCGAGAGCGGGAUGAGCAAGCUGAGCGGGCUGCCGUGGACGUGCCGACACCUGAGGAGGGGAACGUUGACGUUCAGUGGGAGGACGUGGAGGAGCUAUGGAGUUAUGAUGUGCACCCGACGCAUGGUGCACGGCCGACAUCUUUGGCGAGCACCCUCAUCAUGCUUGCGCACGCGGGCGCAAACAGAAACUCCCAUUUCAUUGGUGGAUCCACACCUUGGGCCAACACCGACACGGAGACCGAUGUGCCUGAUGGAGGCAGGGCUGAUACCGAGGUUUACCACUGUGAGAGGGAUGAGGCUGAAACCCCAUCGGAUCACGAGGAUGAUGUUGCAAAUGCAGUGAUAAGAGAUGCGGAGGAGUGGAGCAACGAUAGUGAUGAGUGGUGGGUAGCAGGCCGCUAUGACGGGGAGGAAGUGGAUGUGUGGGUGGCAGGUCAAGAUGAGUGA